AUUCCGAUCAUUUAAAAAAUGUAAACAAGGAAGUUGGAUCGAAACACUUUCUUCCUGGUUACAGGCAUGAUUUUUCACACCUACUGCCACUAGUAGUGCCAGCAAAAUGACGUCUUUCCACGAAUCGAUUAAGGAAAUCUUAAAUGAGGUGGAAAAGUUUCUGGUAGAGACUAUCAAAAGGGAGAACUUGUCAAAGCCUUCCAAGGAUCACAAGCAGACAAUCCUCGAUAAGCUCAGCCGGCUGAGGGAGGAGUUUCCCCAGUUAGCCCCGGACAGAUCAGCAGACGAUGCCAAAACAGCUGACCAGAGUUUUACAGACGAGUCGUCCAGAACUGGAGGUAGUUCUAAUGCUGAUGAUGAGGACCAGUACGGAGAAUCUAACAUCCCUCCUAUUCCUGCACAAGAUUUAACGGACACAACCAAAUGUGGAUUCCUGGAAAAACGACAACGGAAAGGAGGACUAUUUGGUGGUCCUAAGCUACAGAAGAGAUGGUGUGCCAUUAAGCACAACAUUUUAUACUAUUACGAGUCAGCUAAGGAGCGGAAACAGCACGGUGCUCUUUACCUGAAUGGUUAUUCCAUGGAAGAUGCUCCCGACGCGGUGGAUAAGAAAGACCAAGCUCGACGUGAGCUGGCCUUCCAGCUUGUCUGUCCAGCAAAAAGAACAUACCAGUUUGUGGCUCAGUCGAAGGAAGAUUAUGAAGACUGGAAGGUUGCCAUCAUGAAGGGAGCUAUGGCUUCUGCCUCCAAGGAGAACUUAUUAAAUGAGGAUAACGAGCCUGGAGAGGUGUAUGAGGAUGUUGGACAGGGAGAUGAUGAAGUACCAGAGGAGUUGUACGACGACACUCUAGAGGAAACUCUUGAGCCCUCCCCCAAACCAGUACACAAGGGCCCCCCCUCCAUACCCCGACCUCUCCCCCCUGUGCAAGACGAGCCUACUUGUGACGAGAUCUAUGAUGAUACUGCUAUGGACGAUAUUCAGGAGGAAUAUGACGACUGUGUCACAGGUUCUCAGCCCCCUCCCACUCCCUCUAGAACCUUGCCUGAACUUCCUGGAUCCCGGAAACCUCUUCCUGCUGUUCCUCCCAUCCCUCCCCCAUCCACAGCCAAGCGCCUCCCUAACAUUCCAACUCCAGAAGUGCCAAAAGAGACCAAGCCGGAGGUCAAAAUGGAGCCCCAGAUUCCGCCGGAGCAGGAUUACGAGAACAUGUACCUGGGGAAAUGGGACUGCAAUGCUGAUCGAAAUAAUGAAUUAAACUUCAAAAGGGGAGAUAUCCUAUACAUCAUCAGUCGGGAGUUUGACAACAAAAGUUGGUGGGUUGCACAGCUAAAUGGAAAAUUUGGUCUGGUGCCAAAAACUUAUCUUAUACCUGCCUAUGAAUUGGCAAGAUGAAAAUCUGGCCUGAAUGAAUUCUGAAGAAGAGACAAUGACGUUCAGAGAGAUCUGGCUUUUAGUUUUUUAGCUCACCUGAGCCAAAGGCUUAAGUAAGUUUUUCUGAUCAAAACUUUCCAUUGUCCGUCAUUGUCGUCGUAAACUUUUCACAUUUUCAUCUUCUUCUCCAGAACCACUAGGCCAAUUUCAACCAAACUUGGCACAAAGCAUCCUUGGGUGAAGGGGAUUCAAGUUUCUUCAAAUGAAGGGCCAUGCACCCUUAAAAGGGGAGAUAAUCACAAAAAUGCAAAAAUAGGGUAGGGUCAUUUAAAAAUCUUCUUCUCAAGAACCACUGAGACAUAAAAGCUGAAAUUUAUAUGAAUUCAAAGUUUCCAGACAUAGUGGAGAUUCAAGUUUGUUAAAAUCAUGACCUCCAGGAGUAUGUUGGGACCACAAUAGGGAAUCAAAGUUAUAUAUGUGAAUUUAUUAUAUACUUUCAAUUUCAUCCCUUCUUUUUUCUUUAAAAGUUUGCGGGCAUAUAUCAUACGAUAUAUGCCUGGAAACAUUCCGGCCUGCAAACAUUACGUCACAAUCAAAUUUCUACACCGUUAAUUUUCAAAUUUUUCGUGUUUUUCAUCUUUUACUCAGUUAAACUGAUAAAGUUAUUGUUAAAAAUAAAAUUAUUGUUAGUUUCUAAAUGAAAUUGAAAGUAUAUAAUAAAAAGGUUAUAGGCUUUGUAUGGGAAAUAUGACGACCUCGUUUUUUGUCGCGAACGGACCUCGCAAGCUCGGUCCGUCUACGCGCCAAAAAACUCGGUCGUCAUAUUUUCCCAUACAAAGUCUAUAACCUAUAAAUGUAGAAAAAAUCUAAAGAACCACUGGGCCAGAAAGCAUUCUGAUAUUGUGUAAAUUCAAAUAUGUUCAGAUCAUAGCCCCCGGGGGUAGGGUGAGACCACAAUAGGGGAUUAAAGUUUUACAUGCAGAUACAUGUAUAAAGGAAAAUCUUUUUUUCCAUAACCACUGCGCCAAUUUCAAUCAAACUUUAACAAAUCAUUCUUGGGUGAAGGGGGUUCAAGUUUCUUCAAAUAAAGGGCCAUGCCACCUUCAAAGGGGGGAUAAUCACAAAAAUUUGAAAAGUUUUUUUCUGACCCAAGCUGCUUGUAUAAUGAUAGUUUUGCUCAAGCUUGUUCAUUGCUAGGAACUGUUACUCAGGUGAGCGAUGUAGCCCAUGGGCCUCUUAUUUAAACAAAUUGCUGAUUUAAUAAUAUCAAUACUGCAAGCUUUUUUUAAAUAUUAUUCGUGUGCAAUAUAGUGCGUCUUUUAAUAAGAUUUUUAAAAUCUUUUAAGAUUUACAAACAUGUUUUAUACAUGUACCAGUAUCUAUGCAAUAUUUUCGGUGCAGAAGAUUUUACCUUAAUAAAUACAAAUAUACAAAUUC